UGUGAAAAUGGCACAAUGUUAAGCACCGUUCACAUCCCCCCAGCCCUUCUUGUUGUGAUUUUUGUCAUGACGGGUGUAAUAAAUCCCGGCAAGUCGCAAAAAAUGUCGACUAGAGUGCUACAACAAAAGGGCCAGGACUUUUUGAACUCUAGGAAACAUGCUAAUAAUUUAGUAGACAUAAUUGGACAAUGGGACGAAUCUGGUACUGCCUGCAUUUUCACCGUGGAAACGAUCUUUCUCGAGAUUCUAAGACGUGGGGACAUGUAUCAGGAGAAGUCUAUUACACUCACAAUAUCCGAACCAAGUCCUGAAGUGAGAUAUAUUACUUGGUUGUGCAAUUGUUAUGAGGAAAUUUGGGAAAAACUAUUGACAUCUAUAGAAAGUUGUCGACCUACAAUUCAACUUCAGGCACUCUCGACGGGCCUUAAAUUAAUGGCCGAGGAAGGAAGAUAUCCACUUGAAGUCACUAGGGAAUUAAGUUACAAUUUUCCCCUCCAUCGAUUGAAACCAUUAUUAAUGUCACUUUUAUCACCUGAGAAGGAUAAUGCGAAUUUAAUUGCAAGAUUCGAAGAAAUAUCAAACUAUCCCGACGCACUGUAUUAUAUUUAUAAAUGCCUUCCGUCACUUACACCAAAGAGACAGCCUCGAGAAAUUUAUAUUAAGAAUUUAUUAGAACUUAUACACAAGUUGCCUCUACAAAAAGACAUUGAAGAAGGAGAGACAUCGAAGAGUAAGCAACUUUUAUGUGGACCUCAAAAUGGUUUGAAUUUCACGUGGGAUUACACUAGUGUUAGACGAGCUUUAAAUAAAGUUUGGGCGUGUGUUAUGCACUGGGAAUUGACGCCCGCAUUGCACAAACAAUUAUUAAUUGUUCUACUAGAAAGAGUUAUGGCACAUUUAGAAAAACCAGUAUUAUUAACCGAUUUUCUGAUGGACUCACUAGAUGCCGAUGGUCCUAUUGGCCUUCUUGCUCUACAGGGAGUCUUUAUACUUGUUACAAAACAUAAUCUUGAAUAUCCGAAUAUAUUUACCAAAUUGUAUUCAAUGUUCGAGCCGGAGAUUUUUCACACAAAAUAUAAAGCACGAUUGUUUUAUCUCUCUGAUCUAUUUCUCAGUUCCACACAUUUACCGGAAGCGCUGGUCGCAGGGUUCGCAAAAAGAUUGUCUCGUUUAACACUCGUGGCACCACCAGAGGAUAUUCUUAUAAUUCUCCCCUUCAUUGGAAAUCUUUUGGUGCGACAUCCGGGCCUUAAGAGAUUAAUUGAUUAUCUGCCAAAAGGCGAGGAGUUCACGGAAGUGAGAGCUGGUCUUUGUGAUCCAUUUCUCAUGGACGAGCGCGAACCAAUAUUAAGUAAUGCAAUUAUAAGUAGUCUCUGGGAAAUUAAAGCAUUACAGUGCCAUAUGCUACCGAAUAUCGCAACAGCGGCAAGAUUUAUUCGCGAACCAAUACCAUCUGUUGAAUAUGACAUAGCAUCAGCACUUGAACGUACUGGGGGACAUAUAUUUGAUCGUGAAAUUAAAAAUAAAGUGAAGGAUAUUAUGUUGGCAUUUGAAAGACCAAAUUCAUUGGCAUUACCGAAAAAUGAACGUUUACUGCAAUUCUGGCAUCUCACAACAAUGCAUUGAUCCGAUGAUCAACAAAAAAAAAUUUGGUAAGAAAAACACAAUCGCGGUGCAAUAAUGUUUUUCAAAAGGAUAAUCAACUUUUUUUUGUCGAAAUUUGUACAUUAGGCAAAAAAGAAAAAUGAUCAACGUUAAUUGCGAUUAGAAUUUAUUAAAUUUAUUCUUUUUUCAAAAAAAUACCCUUUUUUUUUGUUAAAAUUAUUAUUUUUCACGCGCUCCCAAAGAAAGGUACCUGAGAAGCAAACAAUUUAUAGAUUAUAUUUGCCAUAUUUCUCUUGAUUAAAACUUUGUUUUUAAUUAUCUAAACUUAAAAACAGUCUUUUUUUUAUGUAACAAUUGAUAUAAUCUCUAAUUAGUAUAAUUAAUUCUCUUUCUCUACUUUUACAAUAUAAAAAAAUUGAACACAACCUUUAAUUUUUUUCCCCUUCUUAGGAGCGCGUAAAUUUUUAAAAAUUGAUUUUAUUUAUGAAUUCGUUUUUUUUUAAGGAUAUUUGUGAUAUUUUUCAAGAAAUACGAGGAAUACUUUUCAGAGAAUUUUGUUUUGUACAUUUCUUUUAAUAUUUUAAUUAAUUUUCCAAUUAUUUUUUUUUUGUUUUGUUUGUGUUUGAAAAAUGUGCGAAAACAGAUCGAAUCUGUUUAGAUAUAUAAAUGAUAAAUAAGAGAUAAUUUUGUAUUUUUGAAGAUUAUAAUGACAAGGCCAGUUUUAUUUGUCAUUUUGAAAUAUUCAUUUUUGAACUAAUUGUUCUUUGGUAGUGAAAACAACAACUGGUUUGGUCAUUAUCAUUUAUAAAAACGUAAAGGAUAUAAUUUCGUAAAAAAAAUUGUUAAGUAGCUUUAAUUUUUUUUGUCGUUUAAAGAAAAGAAUAAAUUAUUAUCUAUAUAAAUAA